UCCAUUUCAGUCAGUGACAUGCUCUUACUCCUCACCAUCUUCUCCUACAUAUACCAUGUCCAAACCACCACCAAGCGACACAUUCUUUCACACCCAUCAUCUCCAAAUUUAGCUCAAAACUAUCUGAGUUGUUAUUCAAGAUUCACAUGUUCAUGAGCUCAUACAGACUUUUUUGAACUUCUUCACUCACUAUUUUUAAGUACUCUUAUGAAUUUCUAUGGCAACAUAAGUUUUGUAGUGCAUUAAAGUAAGGAAGUGCUACGUAUAGUAUCACACAAACACUAGGGAAUAGUCAGAUGCUCGAAAAGUUAAAAAAAGAGAGUAUUGUAUUACAUUAUGGCAGCUGCUUUGGCUGGAGAUGAAAUUGUAAGGUCCAUGAGCAGCAAGAGGAUGAGUUUCCGGUCAUCCAGCAGCAAGAGAAGCUGGGCAUCCUUGAGCUUGCGUGAGGCUUGGACAGGACAAACUGAUGUGUUUCAGAAGAGUGGGAGGGAAGAUGAUGAAGAGGAGCUGAUGUGGGCGGCAUUAGAGCGGCUUCCAACGUAUGAUAGGUUGAGGAAAGGAAUGCUGAAGCAGGUUUUGGAUAAUGGGAGAGUUGGUUAUCAAGAGGUUGAUGUUACCAAUCUUGGAGUGCAGGACAAGAAGCAUCUCAUCGAGAGUAUACUUAAGGUUGUUGAAGAAGAUAACGAGAAGCUGCUUCGUAGACUAAGGGCCAGGACUGAUAGGGUGGGAAUUGACAUUCCAAAGGUUGAAGUCAGGUUUGAGCAUUUAUCGAUCGAAGGAGAUGCAUAUGUUGGAGCCAGGGCACUCCCAACUCUGCUGAACUCAUACUUGAAUUCAAUUGAGGCGUUUCUUGGGUUAAUCAAGCUUUUGCCAUCGAAGAAAAGGGUUGUCAAGAUUCUACGUGACGAGAGUGGAAUAGUGAAGCCAUCAAGAAUGACACUGCUUCUGGGACCUCCAGGAUCAGGGAAAACAACAUUGCUGCAGGCACUUGCUGGGAAGAGGGACAAGGAUCUCAGGAUAUCAGGGAGAGUCAGUUACUGUGGUCAUGAGUUAUCAGAAUUUGUUCCUCGGAGAACAUGCGCAUACAUUAGCCAACAUGAUCUUCAUCAAGGGGAAAUGACAGUCAGAGAGACAUUGGACUUUUCAGGACGUUGUUUGGGAGUUGGAACAAGGUAUGACCUGCUGACAGAAUUGUCAAGACGAGAAAAAGAAGUUGGAAUAAAACCAGAUCCUGAGAUAGAUGCAUUCAUGAAAGCCACAGCAAUGGCAGGCCAAGAAACAAGUCUUGUUACAGAUUAUGUUCUCAAGAUUCUUGAAUUGGACAUAUGUGCUGACAUUAUUGUGGGUGAUGAAAUGAGAAGAGGCAUAUCUGGUGGACAAAAGAAGCGUGUUACAAUAGGAGAAAUGUUGGUUGGACCAGCAACGGCUCUUUUUAUGGAUGAAAUAUCAAAUGGUCUAGACAGUUCAACCACUUUCCAAAUAGUCAAGUUCAUGAGGCAGAUGGUUCAUAUAAUGGAUGUGACAAUGAUAAUUUCUCUUCUGCAACCUGCGCCUGAAACCUUUGAUCUUUUUGAUGACAUUAUUUUACUUUCAGAAGGCCAGAUUGUCUAUCAAGGUCCAUGUGAGAACGUACUUGAAUUUUUUGAAGAUGUUGGCUUUAAGUGCCCAGAGAGGAAAGGAGUUGCAGACUUUUUGCAAGAGGUUACUUCCAAAAAGGAUCAGGAGCAGUACUGGUGCAAAAAGAAUGAACCUUUCCGAUAUACUAGUGUUCCUGAGUUUGUAGAUCACUUUCAUAAUUUUCACAUUGGCCUGCAACUUUAUGAUGAGCUUGGAAUUCCAUAUGAUAGGUCUAAAGCUCAUCGUGCUGCAUUAGUAAAAGAGAAGUAUGGAAUUUCUAAUCGGGAACUCUUGAAGGCAUGCUUUGCAAGAGAGUGGCUAUUGAUGAAGCGUAACUCUUUUAUAUACAUAUUCAAGACAACCCAGAUUACCAUAAUGUCAAUUAUUGCCAUGACAGUGUUCUUUAGAACCGAAAUGAAGCACGGUCAAUUAGAAGAUGGAGGGAAAUAUUAUGGUGCAAUGUUCUUCAGUCUCAUUAAUGUCAUGUUCAAUGGAGUGUCAGAACUUGCAUUGACUGUUGUUAGGCUUCCUGUAUUUUUUAAGCAGCGGGAUUUCUUGUUCUAUCCAGCAUGGGCUUUCGGCUUACCAAUUUGGCUCCUCAGGAUUCCUGUCUCAUUGAUGGAGUCAGGAAUAUGGAUCUGCCUAACAUAUUACACUAUUGGGUUUGCUCCUUCUGCUAGUAGGUUUUUCCGCCAAUUAUUGGCAUUCUUCAGCAUCCAUCAGAUGGGCCUAUCUCUGUUCCGGUUUAUUGCAGUACUGGGAAGAGUUCAAGUUGUGGCAAAUACGCUUGGUACCUUUACAUUGUUAUUGGUUUUUGUCCUUGGUGGGUUCAUUGUUGCCAAAGAUGACAUUGCACCAUGGAUGAUAUGGGGCUACUACCUUUCUCCCAUGAUGUAUGGACAGAAUGCCAUAGCCAUCAAUGAAUUUCUUGACAAAAGAUGGAGUGCACCCAAUCCGUACCCACUUAUUCCUGAACCUACCGUCGGAAAGGUUCUUCUCAAGGCCAGGGGCAUGUUUGUGGAAGACUAUUGGUAUUGGAUUUGUGUUGGGGCACUCCUUGGGUUUUCUGUUCUUUUUAACAUAUGUUUUAUCAUUGCACUCACAUUUCUAAAUCCUUUAGGUGGUUCUAAAUCCGUUAUUGUUGAGGAGGAUGACAAUAAAAAAAGUGGAAAGCAGUCCUCUAAUGGACAGCUUCAGAUGAGAGGCAUAGAAAUGAGUACAUCUUCAACCGCUCAAGGUAUUGAUAUGGCAGUGAAGAACACUCCAGACAACUCAAUUGGUAGUGGUGCAGAGAAUGCACCUACUAGAAGAGGAAUGGUUCUGCCAUUCCAGCCCUUGUCACUUGCAUUUAAUCAUGUAAAUUACCUUGUCGAUAUGCCAGCUGAAAUGAAGGGCCAAGGGAUCGAAGAAAGUCGUCUCCAACUAUUACGAGAUGUUAGUGGUGCUUUCAGGCCUGGUAUUCUAACAGCAUUGGUUGGCGUAAGUGGUGCUGGAAAAACCACAUUGAUGGAUGUGCUAGCAGGAAGAAAAACUAGUGGUUACAUUGAAGGAAGUAUCAGCAUAUCUGGUUACCCCAAGAACCAAGCAACUUUUGCUCGGGUUAACGGUUACUGUGAACAGAAUGAUAUCCAUUCACCCAAUGUUACCGUCUAUGAAUCUCUUGUGUACUCUGCCUGGCUGCGUCUUGCCAAGGAAGUUAAGCAGGAAACUCGAAAGAUGUUUGUUGAGGAAAUCAUGGACUUGGUUGAGCUAAAUUCAUUGCGGAAUUCCUUAGUUGGUGUUCCAGGAGUAGAUGGUCUGUCAACUGAACAGAGAAAGAGACUCACAAUAGCUGUAGAAUUGGUUGCUAAUCCCUCCAUCAUCUUCAUGGAUGAGCCAACAUCAGGCCUUGACGCUAGAGCUGCAGCAAUUGUAAUGCGUACAGUGAGAAACACAGUGGAUACAGGGAGAACUAUUGUCUGCACAAUUCACCAGCCAAGCAUAGACAUUUUUGAAGCUUUCGAUGAGCUACUGUUGAUGAAGAGGGGUGGACAAGUCAUUUAUGCUGGACCCCUCGGUCACCAUUCUCAAAAGCUUGUAGAUUACUUUGAGGCUAUCCCAUAUGUUCCUAAGAUCAAAGAUGGAUAUAAUCCUGCAACAUGGAUGCUAGAAAUCAGUUCUCCUGCAGUUGAGGCUCAACUCGAUGUGGAUUUUGCAGAAAUUUAUGCCAAUUCUGAACUGUACAAGAGGAAUCAAGAACUCAUCAAAGAGCUAAGCACGCCAUCACCAGGAUCGAAGGACCUUUACUUCCCCACCAAAUAUUCCCAAUCCUCUGUAAUUCAAUGUAAAGCUUGCUUUUGGAAGCAAUAUUGGUCUUAUUGGAGGAACCCACGAUACAAUGCCAUCCGGUUAUUCGUAACGAUAGUCAUCGGUGUUCUAUUUGGGCUAAUUUUCUGGAACAAAGGAGAUAAGACGCACAAGGAACAAGACCUGCUGAAUCUACUGGGGGCUAUGUUUGCUGCUGCUCUUUUUCUUGGAAGCACUAACACAGCUGCAGUGCAGCCUGUUGUGGCAAUUGAAAGAACAGUCUUCUACCGGGAAAGAGCAGCAGGAAUGUAUUCAGCUUUGCCUUAUGCUUUUGCUCAGGUGGCAGUGGAGAUAAUUUAUGUAGCUAUCCAAACUUUUGUCUACACUCUUAUCCUUUACUCAAUGAUUGGAUUCCAUUGGCGACUUGAAAAGUUCUUGUGGUUUUACUUCUUUAUCUUGAUGUGCUUUAUAUACUACACAUUGUAUGGGAUGAUGGUAGUAGCUCUGACUCCUAGCUACCAAAUUGCCGCCAUUUUUAUGUCCUUCUUCCUAAACAUCUGGAACCUGUUCUCUGGUUUUCUCAUCACGAGGCCGCAAAUUCCAAUAUGGUGGAGGUGGUAUUACUGGGGCUCUCCUGUGUCUUGGACAAUCUAUGGCCUUGUGACCUCUCAAGUGGGUGACAAGACCACUCCAAUUGAGGUACCUGGACAAGGCUAUAUGCUUGUGAAAUAUUACCUGAAGUCUCACUUGGGCUUUGAAUAUAACUUCCUUGGAGCUGUUGUUGCAGCCCAUAUUGGCUUUGUCCUCGUUUUCUUAUUUGUCUUUGCCUAUGGUAUCAAGUUCCUCAACUUCCAAAGGAGAUAAAAAGAAAACAAGGAUUCAAGCUUCAACAAUGAUAAUAAGAUUUUGUCUGAGCAAUUGAUCUAGCAGAAAGAUAUGGUUGGCUUAGUAUUUUUUUCACCAACUUUGUAAAUUAAUGACUUUUUAUCAUUAAAAUAUUCACAAAUUCAGGU